AUGGAUCUCUUUAUCCUCAUGCCCUCAAACAGUAAGGUUGUUAAACUGUAUAUCAAACAUCUACAUGAGAUCGAUCAUGGAGGAAUAGAGAAAACGUUAGCCAAAUUGCAACACAAGUUUUGGACCCCAGGUGCACGACGCCUAAUAAAGAAUAUUAAGAGGCAAUGUAUUAUCUGUAGAAAGUUAGAAACAGUGACUGUUGAACAGAGAAUGGGUGAAUUAUGCUCUGAGAGACUAAAACCUGCCCCUCCAUUCUAUUACACUUCGUUAGACUUAUUUGGGCCAUUUGCUAUCAAGGACACAGUUAAAAGGCGUACUGUUGGUAAAGCAUAUGGUAUCAUUUUCAGUUGUCUUGUGACCCGUGCAGUGUACUUGGAUUUGGCAGACAGAUAUAACACUGAAAGUUUUCUGACUGUAUUCAGACGAUUUGUAGCCAUAAGAGGAUAUCCUCAUACUAUACAUUCAGAUUCAGGUACUCAAUUAGUUGCAGCAAGUAAGGAACUGAAACUGAUUAGGCAAAAUUGGAAUGUACCAGAGAUCAUGAAUUCCAGUGUCAACAAGGGCACCACAUGGGUAUUCAAUAAAUCAGCUGAGGCCCCCUGGCAAAAUGGUUGCAGUGAAGCCUUAAUAAGAUCAGUGAAACGGGCUUUAGCUAUUGCUAUUAGUGAUUCUAGACUGACUUUUGGGGAACUGCAGACUGUCUUAUUUGAAACAGCAAAUCUUCUGAAUGAUAGGCCCAUUGGUAUGAAGCCUGGCAUUGAUGUUGAGAUGGGGUUGUAUUUGUGCCCUAAUGAUUUAUUAUUGGGCAGGACUAAUAACAGUGCGCCUGCAGGGACAAUGAUGCAGGAACCUCAAAGUAGUAAGUGCAGACUGAUGUUCAUGGAUGAGAUCGUGAAUAGUUUUUGGAGGAAGUGGCACAGAGACUAUUUCCCAACUCUCAUAGUAAGACAAAAGUGGCACGUUGACAAAAGAAAUGUAAAACCAGGCGACAUAGUCCUUCUUCAAGACAAAGAUGCAAUUAGAGGGCAGUGGAGACUUGCUCAAGUAAAAUCAGUAAUGCCAAGUAGAGAUGAGAGAGUAAGAGAUGUAAUUGUUCGGUAUAAAAUCAGAAGACCCGGACGUACAUACAAGGGCCAAGAGGAUGUUUGUGUUAGCAGAUCGGUGCACAAAUUAGUUGUAGUACUCCCAGUGGAAGAGAUGACUUAA